CAUGCUCAAAGCCUACAGUCCAGGCCGGCACUUUUUAAAAAGUUCAGUAACGCCUGGAUGCCUUUGAAACUCGAUUGAGCGUCUGACCAAAGACGAAGAAGAAGGCGUUUUCGUGCGUAGGGCAACAGCAAUCGACGCCGAUUCAAGGGAGACAUGCCCACUCUAAGUGCACUCAUCGGCUUAGUCCGUCAGGUUUCUUCGUCCCUGCUUGCGCAGGUCAGAGGUCGUGGACUUUCGCUAAACUUCGCUUUCAUGCUGUGCGCAGUAGCGUCGCUAUGCCUGUUCGACCCCACCGAGGCGAAUGCGCACCAGAGAACACUCCUUCGGAGGAACGUUGCCUCUGAACUAGAAGGACGCGCAUUCUAUCUUAUACCACCGAAGGUCAAAUGCUUGUACUUCACGGCGUGGCCUGCGGCUACCUACUGCCACAUAGUGAACCUGACUCAUGAGUACAGAUAUGACGAUGCCGAUUACGUGUGCUUUAUUUGGAUGCGCAUGACCGUUUUGAGUAUGAUCACCACGCCGAUGUACCGCCUGUGUCACCUGAUGAAGCUCUUCCACAUCGAGGAUCACGGAUUGUUGGUCCAGGACACAUUGCUACAGGCGGACAUGCUGACGUGGGAUGAUUGCUACUUUGAUGUGCGGAAUGAAACGAAACGAUCUGCAGAUUGCGCCGCUUGCAAAAUCGCCGUGGUUUGUGGCCAUCAAGUAGAGUACUCGAAUGGACCAGAAUGUGCCACGGCAACAGAAGGUAACAUCGAUGUGGAGUAUUGCCACGGAAAAGAUAAAGUCAACGCUACGGAAGCCAGCAAGCGGUGCGCAGACAAGUCAUCGGCGCUGGUGGACAUGAAGCAAGUGCGCGAUCCACUACACCACAGUUUCGGGAAUGACCCUAGCGUCAACAGGGAGUUCUGGCUAGACCUGACAAAGGAAGACCUGAGAGAGGUCAGCGGCUUGGUUGCAUUCGACCUGGAUGAUAUUGACUGGAAUAUGCCUUGCAUCACGGUGUGGUUGGGCGCUCUUGUACCGUGGUUUUACAAGCGCAACUGUAGCCAGUUAUAUCCAGUGAUAUGCGAGGACAGCACAUAUGAUUGGAGUAAACAAAGACGCUAUAUUGCCGUUGAAGCAGACUGUGUGUACUUCACGGCGUGGCCUGCGGCUACCUACUGCCACAUAGUGAACCUGACUCAUGAGUACACAUACGACGAUGCCGAUUACGUGUGCUUUAUUUGGAUGCGCAUGACCGUUUUGAGUAUGAUCACCACGCCGAUGUACCGCCUGUGUCACCUGAUGAAGCUCUUCCACAUCGAGGAUCACGGAUUGUUGGUGCAGGACACAUUGCUACAGGCGGACAUGCUGACGUGGGAUGAUUGCUACUUUGAUGUGCGGAAUGAAACGAAACGAUCUGCAGAUUGCACCGCUUGCAAAAUCGCCGUGGUUUGUGCCCAUCAAGUAGAGUACUCGAAUGGACCAGAAUGUGCCACGGCAACAGAAGGUAACAUCGAUGUGGAGUAUUGCCACGGAAAAGAUAAAGUCAACGCUACGGAAGCCAGCAAGCGGUGCGCAGACAAAUCAUCGGCGCUGGUGGACAUGAAGCAAAUGCCCGAUCCACUACACAACAGUUUCGAGAAUGACCCUAGCGUCAACAGGGAGUUCUGGCUAGACCUGACAAAAGAAGACCUGAGAGAGGUCAGCGGCUUGCUUGCAUUCGACCUGGAUGAUAUUGACUGGAAUAUGCCUUGCAUCACGGUGUGGUUGGGCGCUUUAGUACCGUGGUUUUACAAGCGCAACUGUAGCCAGUUAUAUCCAGUGAUAUGCGAGGGCAGCACAUAUGAUUGGAGUAAACAAAGACGCUAUAUUGCAGUUGAAGCAGACUGUGCUAAUGUCUCCGUGGAGACUACUCACUGCCAAUCGGAGGGCGGCACGUUCAACAAAACAACUGCUUCAGAAUUCUGCGCAAACCACCGUUUGUUAUUGCUGAAUGCAAAGACGUUUUAUCGAGUGUUAGGCAUCGUUUUUCGUUCCGACGAACAGUCCCCUCCGUGGUUCGAUCAGAGCUUGGAAAUUUGGGACGCACGCAGCAAGAGCAGCCGGCAACAUAGCAUCGACGAGUGUCUCGCAUUCAACUUAUAUGGCUCUCGACGUAUCGAGUGGAGCCCACGUAAUUGCUCUGAAGAACUCCGCUACCUAUGCAGGAAAAGCCAUCCACCAAAGACUCAUGGUUUUACCUGCGAAAAUGCGAGCUUGCCUAAUAUGGCGGGCAGUCACCCAGCUUGCAGAACGAACCUGGAAAGACCCUACCCUGUAGCCGCCAGGGUAUGCGACGCACUUGGAAUGGAGCUUCUGCCGGGUACUGUGGAGAACAAAUUUAUCACGAACAUUAUUAAGCACUACGAAGACUACACGCACCGAGGGAGAGAUAGACUUUACUGGCUCGACGUUCCUCCACCAAGCGGCAACAGCUCCGUGUGCUCUGCAGCCCUUUACGGCGACGACGGCAUCGCGACUGCGCUGUCUGGACUGCAGUGCAACACGUCUCUACAUUCGCUAUGCGUUUUCACCAACAUUAAAAGACGUUCCACAGUGGCGCCUAGCACCAGUGAAACUACCAUGGAUAUUGCCAGUGACAAUAUUGAUAUUGGCAACGGUACUGUCAGUGAUGUUGCCAGCUAAAUCACUGAUCUUAACAAUACUGCUGGCAGUCACACAAAUGCGACCGAUACAAAUGCCAGUGCCGCAAAUAAACUCUAGGAACAUAUGGGAGCCAAACGAUGGGUGGUUUUUGACGACUGCUUUAUGACCGAUCUU